AUGGGCAGCAGCUUGAUCUGGCCGAAUGCGGAAAUACCGCGCAGUGCCCGCCAGACUAAGUAUUCGGAUGCGCAGACAGCCAAUGCAGACAUUCAGUAUGGCUUGAUGUCUGACAAGUGGCGCAGCGAUCACUUUGCUCGUCCUCGAGUCGAUAUGCAAGGGCGACAGGAGGGAGGUGAACGGCGGAUAUGGUGGAUUGCGGCUUCUGUCGAUCCUGCGGGUUCCACCGGCAGGAAUGCGGUGACAGGCAAGACAGCGUCGCAGUCCAGCUAA